UGUACAAUAUGCUCCCGCGCGAGUGCGCUUUACCCGCCCUCGACAGUAGGCUGUUCAUGUCAUAUUCCGUCUGUGUGCGUCAUUCUUCGAGCUAUUAAACCUUGCCCUCUGCAACUAUUUGCGGGCGCUUGAGCUCUGAAAACGAUGGGGAGAAUUUCUUUGAUCUUCACUCUCUUCCUCCUCUUCUCAAUUCAUUCAUCCUCUGCACUAUCAGAGCUAGUAGUUCUCAAGGUGGAUCGCCGCGUUGAUUUGACGUCACAUAUUGUUCGGGUGACCUCAACAUUAAAGGUGGAAAAUUCUGCGACUCGUGUUGCAUCAGAGGUUUUGAUUGCCCUACCCAAUCACCAGGUCCAGAAUUUAGCAUAUCUGAAGGCUUCAUUUCAAGAUGGAAAAGGAAAAGCAAAAGGCUCUGUAGAUCUUCCCAUAAAAAUGGUGCAGCCAGAGGGGAUGGCUGCAGAUGUAACUAUAUAUGCAGUAUCAUUGGCAAAAGGAAUCAAUAAAGGGGAAAUUGUGAAUUUGGAAGUGUUCUCAGUAUACACACAUUCGUUGAAGCCCUUUCCUGAAGAAAUUACACAAGCAGAUAACCAGCUUGUAUUGUAUCAGGAUAGUGCAUAUUAUUUGUCUCCUUAUGAUGUGAAGGUUCAAUCUCUUAGCAUCCGUGUGCCUAGCCCUAGAGUAGAAUCAUACACGAAAGUGGAGCGUGUGAAAUUCACGGACUUGGAGAUCAAAUAUGGUCCCUAUGAGAAUAUUCGUGCUUUCUCUUUCACACCCAUUGUUGUCCAUUUUGAAAACAAUCAACCCUUUGCAGUUGUUAAAGAGUUGGUAAGAGAGAUAGCAAUUUCUCAUUGGGGCAAUGUUCAGGUUACUGAACAUUACAACCUUGCCCAUGGAGGUGCUCAAACCAAAGGUGGAUUUUCCAGGAUCGAGUACCAAGGUAGGCCCACGAGCAGAGGAGCAUCAUCUUUUAGGCAUCUCCUCGCAAAAUUGCCACCAAGAGCUCAUUCUAUUUAUUACAGAGAUCAUAUUGGAAAUAUUUCUACGUCACAUUUGUGGGGUGAUUUAAGGAAGACUGAACUGCAAAUUGAACCUCGAUAUCCAAUGUUUGGUGGCUGGAGGACAGCUUUUACAAUUGGCUAUGGUCUACCACUGCAUGAUUUCUUGUUCGAGUCUGAUGGGAAGAGAUUCCUUAACAUUUCUUUUGGUUCUCCUUUGGAUGAAGUCGCCAUUGAUAAUUUGGUCAUAAAAGUUAUUUUACCUGAAGGAUCAAAGGAUAUGUCUGUUUCCAUUCCUUUCCCCACAGAGCAGAGACAAGAGAUAAAGCAUUUGCACCUUGAUACUAUUGGAAGACCAGUAGUUGUACUAGAGAAGAAAAAUGUUGUGCCCGAGCACAAUGUUUAUUUUCAGGUCUAUUACAAAUUCAACAGUCUAUCGAUGCUGAGAGAACCAGUGAUGCUAAUUAUUGGCUUCUUCUUGUUUUUUCUCACUUGCAUUAUUUAUAUGCAUGUUGAUAUUUCAAUUUCAAAGUCCUCUGCUGCGUACAUUGCAAAACAACAAUGGGAGGAGGUUCAAGCGGCAGUUCAUCAGGUGGAGAAUUUCAUUAACCAUUGUAUAGCAGUUGAUGAAAAGCUCGAUUUAUCUCUACGUGAUCUUUCAAGGACUGGGGAUGUUCAAGCUUCCAAGGCUGCUCGCAAAACUUCUGAUGCAUUGUGGAAAGAGUAUGCAAAAGAAAUAAAACUCGUGCUCAGUUUCUUGCAGUCAUCUCCACAGGCUGCUCAGAUAUGGCCGAAGGUGGAUGAGUUGGUUAGAAAGGAAAAGGAGAAACAGGAGCGGCUGAUGCUCAAACAUUCGACUGUGGUCGAGGCAUAUGAAAAGAAACUUAGUGGGCGCGAGAUUGGGAGCCGUGCUGCUUCCCAUGAGCAGAGAAUUGCAGUCUUGAAGCAAGAGGUAGAAGAGCUCCUCGAGACCGUUGAUGAGGUUUUCUAAUCUCUUUCUUGACUUCUUUUCGUUAUUUUGGACUAAUAACCAUGAUGCAAAGUUUUAGUGCUCCUGGGAUGGGAGGGUAGGUUUUGUAUUACCCUUAAAUUUUGUGAGGUUGAACAAUUUUUUAAGGUGAUCUUGUAUACUUGGCUGGGUAACAAGUGAGAUUUAAUGUAUCAAAGUAAGGCACAUUCCAAAACUAUGCCAAAAAAUGGAGUUUGGGAGUUAGAAAGCUA